UACAUCCUUGUGUCGAUACACAGUAUAUUUUUUGAUUCUUUAUUAAUAUUAUAUUUAAAUCUCAAAAAAAAUAGUGGUUUCUGUUGGUUUUUUUUUUACGGAUACACGUGUAGAUUUUUCUUCUCGGUUAUAUGCGGUGAUAAAACCGUCAGUCUCAGAUUAAAAAACGAUUAAGAAUACUACAGCUGGACAAGGAGGAGGAGAAAAUACUGGUUUUCUUUUUAAGCAUAAAAUAAAUUGAAGACACGACUCGUGUACAUACGGCCCGGGGCCACUUCACCCUGUCCCCUUGGCUCUCUGUUAACCAUCUCCAUGUUGUUAUUUUUUUCUAAACACCAGUAGCUGCUAGCCAAUAUGUUUUACGACCGACAUUAAAAUGUAAAAAAAAAAACCAAAUGCUCAAAGAUAGCCGAGAUACAGGUUCAUCGUGGUUAUAUUUAUUAUUAUAUUCUGAGUUAAUCAUGACCACCACUGGUGAACGUUACCACAAGAUCAGUAAAUGAAUACACAAUGAUUUGAUACAGAAAAUUUUUAGCACCUCACACCACCGUCAGCCUAACUAUUCAACAGUUACGGAGAACGAGAUUAUACCUCAUGUACGUUUCAAACAGGUUUAUAUUGCCAUUUAACUGCGAAUGAUGAACGAGCACCGUCAACAUAACAGACACUUCAUUAAAACAUAUUAUAUUAUCUGAUGAUUCAUUCUUUUCGGUCAGAUAAGCGACUAACGACCAGUAUUAAAGUACUUUAAGACAACUCCAUAAAUUAAUUUUUUCAGAAAAUUAGCUGCUGGUUGUAAAGAUCUAUUUAUUUUUGUAUAUAUUACGUUGUUAAGUAAAUAAAUACUAAGUUUAAACAAUAUAUAAUAUUUAAUCUGACGUUAAAUAAAUUAUUGGCAUACAAUGGAGAAUUUCCCAGUGAAGGACAAAGAUUUUUAUCUAAACUCUGGCAAAUCGUACUCCGAUAAAAAAGGCCAUCUAAGUAGAAGGGCUGAGUUCCGAAGAUAUUUGGACAAGACUGGCGUAUUAAACAAACUAACCGAACUCAUGAUUGAUAUCUAUGAAAAUCCUGAUUUGAAUUUUCCUAUAACAGAAUAUAUUCGGAAAGGGCUACUUGAUGUAAAUCCAGACGAGGAAGAAAUAAAAAAACUCCGUCCUUCUUUAGAAGAAGCCAAGGCUUUUAAGGAAUUCCUUGCUAAAGAGAACCGAGCUUUGAAAACUACUUUUAGACAAAAAGGUUAUCCACUUCCCCCAUUCGCAGAUAUUAAACAAGACAAAAUAGACUAUAAUUUAAUAUUAAAUACUGACAAAUUUAUUAAGAAUCCUAAUAACUAAAAAUAAAGAUAUAUGACGUAAUAUUUACCAAUUUAGAAUAACAAUGUUAAUAAAAUUUCAA